AAGAGCAAAUGCUAUCCUUAAAUCAGCUAUCUUGAACUCUCCCUUCUCCCUCCCCUACAGGCAAAAUUCUCCUCUCCCCGUUCCCACAAUCACCAGAGUCCGCCAUCAAACACAUACGAUUCAACUCUCUCUCCUCUGUGUUCAGCCUGCAACAAUGGCUACCCAUUCAGCUCUCGCCUCUUCAAGGUUUCCCUCAACCCCCAGCCUUCGCUCCAAGAGGCUCGAUGUUGCAGAGUUCAGUGGGCUUCGAUCCAGCUCAUACAUGGUGUUCCCCAGCCCAGCAAGAGAUCAGCUCUCCUUCUCAGAGCUUGUUGCAGCACAGCUGGCCACCAAGGUUAAUGGAAGGGGAGCAGUGAGAGGAGAGACAGUGGCGAAGCUUAAGGUGGCCAUUAAUGGCUUCGGAAGGAUUGGAAGAAACUUCCUCAGAUGCUGGCAUGGAAGAAAGAACUCUCCGCUUGAUGUCGUCGUUGUAAACGAUAGCGGCGGAGUUAAAAAUGUAUGUAAAUUAUGUCUUUUAUUUGGAGGAAAGU